CCUUUUGAGUUGCCCAAGUGUAACAAACAUGUGAAUAAGUGUCUGUACUGUUUUCAUAUCCUCACAUGGUCAUGCAUUUGCUACUCUUAAUUUACUGAAAGUUGGGCGCCACUGACUUUUGUCAUGUAUUGGGUAGCAGUAGAUACCCAUAAAGUUUUCAUCAAAAGAAGUGUUGUAUAUAGGAGGUGGACAAUGUAUUCAGCUAUACACUUCUUUAUUGGUCUAUUUGCUACUUCGGUCGGUGUCCAUUUUGCUUCAUGGGGCGAUUUUUGGAGAACAGUCUGCGAAGGAAAUAACGGUAGAUGCCAUGCCAAUGGUGCUGUUCCUCUAGUUACAGGCUGGGUUAGUUUGUGUUAAACUUGACCAAUCGCACGCCGACAACAAGACCCUAAAUGAACAUGCUCCACGACUCAAAGUAAUGCCACUGGUAAAAGUUAUUAUUAUUCUGACUUAACUAGUAAAAUGUUCCUCAAUGUGUCAGAGCAGUAUAACAACGCGGCCCAAUAGAUACUUAUUCGGCUCUGACAGUUGUUCAGUAAUCACUAAACCUCUACUCCAUU